CCCCGCCCCACUUCCUCGGGCGUCUCAGGUUGUAUCGCGUGAGGGCCGCAGCCAAAGAGGAGACGGAAGUGACGGCGGGUUCGCAGCCUCGGCAGCUGCUGCGAGGGUGAAGCCGGAGUGGACUUUCUGGAGCACUUAGUUCCUCACUUCUCAGGUGUCACCGAGAGCUCAGCACCAAGGCUGAACUACACCAUUUAGAAGAAUGGAAGCUAAUGCAUCUGUUGACAUGUUUUCAAAAGUUCUGGAAAAUCAGUUGCUUCAGACUACCAAACUAGUAGAAGAACAUUUGGAUUCUGAAAUUCAGAAACUGGACCAGAUGGAUGAGGAUGAAUUGGAACGCCUCAAAGAAAAGAGACUUGAGGCACUAAGGAGAGCGCAACAGCAGAAACAAGAAUGGCUUUCAAAAGGACAUGGGGAAUACAGAGAAAUCCCUAGUGAGAGAGACUUUUUUCAAGAAGUCAAGGAGAGUAAAAAAGUGGUUUGCCAUUUCUACAGAGACUCCACAUUCAGGUGUAAAAUAUUAGACCGACAUUUGGUGAUAUUGUCUAAGAAACAUCUUGAGACCAAAUUUCUGAAGCUGAAUGUGGAAAAAGCACCUUUCCUUUGUGAGAGACUGCGUAUCAAAGUCAUUCCCACACUAGCACUGGUAAAAGAUGGAAAAACACAAGAUUAUGUGGUUGGAUUUACUGACCUAGGAAAUACAGAUGACUUCACCACAGAAACUUUAGAAUGGAGGCUGGGUUGUUCCGAUAUUCUCAGUUACAGUGGAAAUUUAAUGGAGCCACCAUUUCAGAGCCAAAAGAAAUUUGGAACAAACUUCACAAAGCUGGAAAAGAAAACUAUCCGAGGGAAGAAAUAUGAUUCAGACUCUGAUGAUGAUUAGAAAUUAGUUACAAUUCUUUGUAAAUUGUCUUUUUAUUUCUGCUUACUUCAGAAUUAGAUGUGUUUUCUAAAUCCUGUUGGUUUUUAUACAUUGGUCAUCUAAUGGUCAUGUUCUAGAGUUUUGUACAGUUUCAUCACAUUGAAAGACAUCUUCAGUAUUUUCUGUGUGGCACUCAUGUUUAAGUUGAGGAAAACUUCUGAGUUCUUAAAUUAUCCAGCAAGGGUCUGGAUUCUCUAUUUUUGAGAUUGAUUUUAUCACAAUAUGAUUCCUACGUCUUUAUACCAUUCACAGUUGUGUUUUUAAUCUACUGGAUUGAAAAUAGGAAUUCAGCAAACUAUUCCAGGACUAAUUCUUACACAGCAUUAUUUACUUUAUACAGCAGGUCAAACAACAUUUACUGGUGUAACAGACUCACUUGUAAAUGAAUUAUAAACAGUCUUUACUUCUGGAAUAUAUUUAACUAUUAAAGAACUGCCU